UUUUAACACUUUCUGUAUUACCGACUUGCACAUUCCUGUCACUUGUCUACUAACCGUCGCUUGACAGCUUCACUUUUAAAUCAGACAUUUUUAGAGUAAGCCACAGUAAAGCGGACGGAUAUCUGCACGUACAAUGAAUGGCAGCACACAGGAUGUGUCCACAACGAUUCCGCUGCUGGUCAACAAGCUGUGCAGCCACUUUGCUAAAAAUAAUGAAGAACAAUCGAACCGAUUCUAUAAGCUGUGCGUCGGAUUCCUCUCACUGCCGCAGCAUAAUGACACACUAGACAAAGAUGAGAGUCAGAUUGCUGCACAGAUACGCAAGUUUAUUCAAGCAACAAAGGGCAAUGAGGAAACAAAGUUAUUUGAUGCAUUAUACUUAAAAAUCCAUAAAUCUGCAGUGUUGCAUCACAAAUCACAUCUACUCUCAUUUUUUCUCUUCAUGAGCAAAGGAAACAAUAAAUUUGAGAGUAGUCAUAUGUGGUCUAUACCAAAACAAGUCCUGCACAGUAAUCCAAUCAGUGUGAGCAGUAAAAACCAGAUUGGUUUCUUGCCUGAUGAUUCCUCUGCUGGUGUGAAGAAGAUUUAUCAGAGUAAUUUAAAUAGAAAGAUGUCAAAUGUCAGUAGUAGAACACAUUCUGGUGUGAGUUAUACAAACAGUGAUUCUGAAAUAUACAAGGAUCAGUUAACUACUUCUACAAGUUCAUCAAGAUCAACAAUAGCAAGUUCUGUAUCAGAGGCGCAACUUCUUCAAGAAGUCAUUUAUUCAUUUCAAGGCAUUGAAGGUAAAGUAAUACGUAAAGAACCUGGCGGUAUUGGAUUCACAUUGGAUCCGAAAGCGAGUAAAUGUAUGACAGCGCGCCAGAAAGGUUUGAUAUUACGACUUACUGGUAUUGGAUUCCUGCACAAUCAACUCAAACAGCAUUGCGACGAGGCGGACAAACAAAUUGGUUUAAUUGGACAGUCAUUAAUUGCGAUUUUGCGAAUUGAACUAACCAGCUACUAUGAACUCAUCGCGCAUUUACAAGCACAAGCGAAAAAACAAAGUUCACAUGAAUCCAACGAAAUCUCACUGCGUCGCAUGGUAGUUUGGGUUGCCGAACCACAACUCCGUCUUCAAUGGCUAGCCUACAUCGCAGAACAAUGCGUGGAUAAAAAAGGCGGUGCUUUAAUCUCAGCUAUUCAUGGCUUUUUACAACACGGUUCAUACACGGUACAAAAACAAUCUGAAAAAGUUCUCGCCGCCGUCUGUCGGCCAUUGUAUGUAAUGCUUUCAAAAUGGCUGCUGGACGGAGAGUUGAACGAUCCUUGCGGCGAGUUUUUCAUCGAAGCUCGUAUGAUCAAAGACGUCGAACGCUUAUGGCACGAUAAAUAUCACGUGCGCAAAGCAAUGAUUCCUACUUUUAUAACCGUCGAUCAAGCGAAUAAGAUUUUAGCGACGGGGAAAUCUAUAAACUUUUUGAGACAAAUUUGUAAAGAUACCGCGCAGCUUCCAGGUCGCGAAACUCUUCAGAAAUUAUUUUCUAAUUCAUUAGAGGCGUUUUUCAACCCUGAGAGGAGUAUUGAACUACAUGCAGGGUUAGAAAGCGUGUAUAGAGAGACUUCCACACGAGUUUUGGACUUGUUGAAGAAUAAGUAUAUGUUAUUAGAACAUUUACAAGCGAUGCGAAGAUAUUUAUUACUGGGACAAGGAGAUUUCAUUCGACAUUUGCUAGAGUUACUAGCGCCUGAAUUAUGUCAGCCAGCUUAUAAUCUAUACGCACACACAUUGUCCGCCAUCUUGGAGUCAGCCAUUCGCGUCACAAACGCACAGUAUGACGAUGAAGAAACAAUUUCAUGUUUAAAUGUGUGUUUGAUGCAACAUUCGAACGAGGAUACCGGUUGGGAUGUUUUUUCACUAAUGUACUGUGCAAAUGGGCCUGUUGGAACAAUAUUUCAACCCACAGUUUCAACAUAUAAAUGUUUAUUCGGUGGUUUAUGGAAGGCAAAACGCAUGGAGUUUGUUUUAUCCAACAUGCGUAAGCAACAAAUUACAAGUAACAAACUGCUGAAACAAAUGAAAGAAUUAAGAGUUGUAACACAUCAGAUACACGUGUUAUCUAGUGAAAUGAUUCACUUUUUACAUCAAACUCAAUACUACUUCCUGUUUGAAGUCCUGGAAUGCUCAUGGGCGGAAAUGUUGAAGCAGGUUAAUCAAGCUGCUUGUCUGGAUGAUGUUAUCACAGCGCAUAACACUUUUCUCGCUUCUGUACAGACUGGAAUUCUUUUGGAUUUAAAUUCUGCGGAGCUGCGUAAAUAUUUAGGCUCCAUCUUCAAUUUAGUUUUAAGUCUUGAAUCAGUCCAGGAGACAUUAUACAGUACAGCUUUAAAAGAACGCGAGCACAUAAUCGAACACGAAAAACUCUUUGAUACCGAUUUUGGAAUAACCGUCGAGAUUGAAUUAGAAAACCGCGAGCGCACCGGUAGAUUCUCACAGUUUUUAACGACGAUGAACUCACAGAUCAACUCGAUAUCCUGCAACUUCCGACAAUAUGUCGUCAAGUACGUAACUCUGCUAGCGACGAGUUCCGAUAUGAAUCUCCAACUGCUCGCCACUCGUAUCAACUUCAACGACUACUAUAAAAUUAUGUGACAGAGUCCAGUCAAACGCCAUCCUGUUAUUCCCAUUCAUGUUCCCUAUCAAGCGCGCAGCGAGUUAUUUUUAUCGACAUUUAGUAGUGCUUCGUCUUCCUGCACGGCGUGUUCGUCUAGAAACUCGAUGAACAAAAUGGCGGACGUUGAUAAUGCAAAAUAUGUUGAAUAUGUUGACAAUAUUGAGAAGGCCGUAAGUUCUGUUAGUAUUAUUGAAACUGUUAAAGUUGGCGGCAUGAGCACGACGGAGUCUUGCGAGUUGACUGAGUACGGCAGUGUUGAUAUGCUGCUGGACAAUCGCAAGAAGAAGGCGAAGAAGUCGAAGAAACAAAUUUGAUGUUGCGUCGGAUAAGGGACAUUGUUAUGUUGCGUGCCAUUAAUUUUAAAAGUAAUGGUCCCUUAUCCAUGUGAUAAAUAUGCGUCAUCCAGUAGGGAGGUAAUUAAUUUAAUUAAAUUGUAGAAGUGAUUUGUGAGCGGCGCCAGUUUUGCCCAAUGCCGGAUGGAACUGUUAAUGAAGUUAAUAUGAUAAUCAAUAUAAUUAAUUAAAUCGUA